GAGUCCGCUGAACCGACGAGCGGCUUCUCGGCGCCUCUCCUGCCCGUCCGAGCCCCGGAGCCGGCACCGCUCAGCCGGCGUCACCAUGACCAAGGCCGGUAGCAAGGGCGGGAACCUCCGCGACAAGCUGGACGGCAACGAGCUGGACCUGAGCCUCAGCGACCUGAAUGAGGUCCCCAUCAAGGAGCUGGUUGCCCUCCCAAAGGCCACCAUACUGGAUCUGUCCUGCUUAAGACUCAGCAGUCGUCCCACGUCGGAUUUCUGUGGCCUCACACACCUGGUGAAGCUGGACCUGAGUAAGAACAGACUGCAGCAGCUGCCGGCAGACUUUGGCCGUCUGGUCAACCUCCAGCACCUGGAUCUCCUCAACAACAAGCUGGUGACCCUGCCCGUCAGCUUUGCUCAGCUCAAGAGCCUGAAGUGGCUGGACCUGAAGGAUAACCCCCUGGAUCCUGUCCUGGCCAAAGUGGCAGGGGAUUGCUUGGAUGAGAAGCAGUGUAAGCAGUGUGCCAACAAGGUGUUACAGCACAUGAAGGCCGUGCAGGCUGACCAGGAGCGAGAGAGGCAGCGGCGGCUGGAAGUAGAACGAGAGGCCGAGAAGAAGCGGGAGGCCAAGCAGCGAGCUAAGGAGGCGCAGGAGCGGGAGCUGCGGAAGCGGGAGAAGGCAGAAGAGAAGGAGCGCCGGAGAAAGGAGUACGACGCCCUCAAAGCAGCCAAGCGGGAGCAGGAGAAGAAGCCGAAGAAGGAAGCAAACCAGGCUCCGAAAUCGAAGUCCGGCUCUCGCCCCCGAAAGCCGCCCCCCCGGAAACACACCAGGUCCUGGGCCGUGCUGAAGCUGCUGCUGCUGCUGCUGCUGUGUGUGGCCGGCGGGCUGGUCGCCUGUCGGGUGACAGAGCUGCAGCGGCAGCCCCUGUGCACCAGCGUGAACACCAUCUACGACAACGCGGUCCGGGGUCUGCGCAGCCACGACAUCCUGCAGUGGGUGCUGCAGGCCGAUUCUCAGCAGUGAGCCUGUCCUCCACACCUGCUGCCUCCCAGCCUUGGAGCUUGGAUUCCUAUGGAAUUGGGUUCUGCUGGACACAACCUCUUUUUAGCGUCCGACCUACCUGCCAUCAUCAAAUGGCUGUCGAUUGGUACUUGAGAUCCCCUCUUUGUAGGACUUCUCCGUUCCUUGGUCAGGGUCCCCUGGCGGAAUAAGAAGUGAGACGUGGGGAGAGUUACCUGCAUGCCUAAAGGAAUAGGCUUGGGGUGGGGAGAGGGAAAAACGGCCUUUUCUAGUUGUUCUA